AUAGUCGUCGCGGUACGCGGGUAACUUCAGGCGAUCGGAUUGCGCUGUCGCGUCCUUUGACACGCUUAACCGCUUACGAGGGACUAUUUCACCACCGUUUCAUCGUUGACGUCCAAGUCGUCUUACCAUGCCAAGUGUUUACAGAAAAUCACGCAAAUUACGUCGUAGGCGAUACGCGCGCACUUAGUAUAUCACGAAAUUGAAAGCUGGGGGCUGGUCGCCCGUGUGUAUCUCGAAAGAAACGACUUACAGUGUUGUGCACUCUCAUCGGAUAUAUUUGCUUUAUUGAUAUUUUGAGUGCCACGGGCCCUGCGGUGCUUAUGCAUAUCUCGAGGUAAUGUUCGAGCACGAUAAUACAGCUCGUUCCUUGUCCCGGCGCGACAUUUUCGUCCCCAAAAGUCUCUCAUGAACAUCGUUACGCGUGAAUUUUGUUUACGUCGUGGCUUGUAUACGUGCACGGCGAAUGCACAUAACCUCGAAGCUGUGGGAUCAACGGUCGUACGGUCCCCUAAUAAUUAGUACACCUGUUAACACAUUGAAUUUGGACUGUGUUUUAGAAUAUAUUAAGGAUAAAAUAUUUGUUACAUUUGGUUGGUUAACAUAGCCGCCACUAUGUCGGAAAUUGUAUACCCACAAGGGUGUAGAUCAGUUACUGAAGAUUUAGGUCCAGAUGAAUUGAUCAGAAGACUUAAGACACUAGCACAUACACUACAAGCUAUGGGACAAGAUGAGGGAAUGUACCAGCAAUACAUUCCACUUGCGUUACAUUUGGCAGAGGAACACUUCCUUAUGCAUCAGAGCAAAGAUGUGCAACUGCUUAUUGCCUGCUGCAUCGCGGAUGUUUUAAGAGUAUAUGCUCCAGAAGCUCCUUACAAAGAUGCCGAUCAGGUCAAAACAAUAUUUCUAUUUCUUAUUAAACAACUAGCGGGUUUGAAAGACCCGAAAGAUCCUGCUUUCAAGAGGUAUUUCUAUCUGCUUGAGAAUUUAGCUUAUGUAAAAUCAUUCAACAUGUGUUUUGAGUUAGAAGAUUGCCAAGAGAUCUUCUGUGCACUGUUUUCCCUCAUGUUUAGAAUAGUCAACGAUGAACAUUCUGGCAAAGUUAAAAGCUUCAUGUUGGACGUUUUAUGUCCACUGAUUACCGAAUCGGACAUUGUCAGUAAUGAACUUUUAGAUAUCAUAUUAAUGAACAUUGUAGAGCCAAAUAAGACACAGAAGAAGAAUGCGUAUUUGCUCGCUAAAGAGCUGGUAAUCAAGUGUAGUGAUACAUUAGAACCAUAUAUACAAGCGUUUUUCAAUCAUGUCUUGAUUCUGGGCAAGGAAGAGAAGAAUUUGCAAAUUUGCAAGAAGGUAUACGACCUGAUUUACGAGUUGAAUCACAUAUGUCCGAGUGUCUUGCUGUCCGUCCUGCCACAGCUAGAAUGUAAACUGAAAUCUUCUUCCGAGACUGAGAGAUUAGGCGCUGUGGCAUUACUUGCGAGAAUGUUCUCUGAGAAAGGUUCGCAAUUAGCAGUACAGUACACUCAGUUGUGGAGGGCGUUUCUGGGACGAUUCAACGAUAUCAGCGUAUCCAUACGUAUUAAGUGCGUACAGUAUUCGAUGCAUUUCUUACUAAAUCAUCCUGAAUUGAGGAAGGAUAUCACGGAAACUCUGAAGAUGAGGCAGCACGAUGCCGAUGAGAGCGUCCGCUAUGAAGUAGUUAUGGCUAUAGUGACAACUGCCAGGAAAGAUUUUGAAGUUGUCUCCGACAGUGAGGAUUUGCUUGAAUUUGUUAAGGAAAGGACUCUAGAUAAAAAGUUCAAAAUACGAAAAGAAGCAAUGUCUGGUCUGGCAAUGAUAUACAAGAAACAUCUGAACGAUGCGGAUGUACCGCAAGCCACGAAGAAGGCGGUAACCUGGAUAAAAGAUAAAAUAUUGCAUGGCUAUUAUAUGGCAGGCAUGGAAGACAGACUAUUAGUAGAGAGACUGCUGAACACAUGUCUAGUACCUUAUCAGCUUCCAGCUGAAGAGAGAAUGAAAAAAUUAUACCAUCUCUUAGGUACAAUCGAUGAUCACGCUUCUAAAGCUUUCGUGGAACUUCAGAAGCAUCAGCUUGCUGUACGAAGAGCAGUGGUCGAGUGGUUAGAUAUUGUGAAGAAAUCGGAUAUUACGAACGAGCUGGUAACGAAGGUUCAUCAAAUAUCGCGCUUCUUGCCAGACCCCACGAAGGUGCAAGAAUUCCUUCAGAAGUUUAGCAUUCACAUGAGGAAGGACACCAUUUUGUUGCAAGGGAUGGAAACAAUCGUGCAACCGAACGUUUCUUGCAAGGAAUGCGCCGACACAAUAAGUAUGGUGCUUAAAAAGUUGGGACAGCCCGUUAUGACUAAUUUGUACUACAAUACGAUUAAAAUGCUGCUCGAGAGAGUAAGUUCCGUCAUGAUUGACGAAGAAGCGAUUCGAGUUUUGAUCGGGUACGUCUUGGACUGUUUGAAAGGAGGCAACGUGAUAGAAGAGGUUGGUCUCAAUCCGAACAAUGCUGGGGAAAAGGGACUAAGAUUACUUGUGAUGCUUUCAUUUGUAUUUGGCCCGCAUUUCCUGCACAACGAUAUACUCAUGCAACUAGUCCAUCUGCUCGAGUUAGAAGACGAGAUGGUGGGACCGUUGGUUCUCUCCAUUUUCACGUUCCUGGGCAAAUACAAACCUUUAUGCGACGUAGCACCGGACAUCAUGAAUCUCAUGGUGCCGAUAUGCAAAACCUUCGCUGAAACGGGCACGCCGAAGCAGGCGAAGCAGGCUGUGCGAUGUUUGUUCGUUAACAUGACCAACAUACACGACACAAUUUUCCCUGAGAUCAUCGAGAGAAUUAAGAACACUCUGACGCCAACGUCGGAGUACUAUCGAACGUCUAUAGUCACGUUAGGUCACAUAGCGUAUAAUUUGCCAGAGAAAUAUCAAGUACAAAUAAAGAAUAUGGUCUCCAGAAAAAUAGUUAAAGAGUUACUAGUGAAGGAGAGCAGCGAACAAAACGCCGUCGCUAUCGAUGGAGAUUGGUGCAGGGAGGAUCAAUUGCCCGAGGAAACACGAUGCAGAUUGGAAGGGUUGAAGUGCAUGGCGCGCUGGUUGCUAGGACUGAAAACUGACGUGCUAUCAGCGCAAAAGACGUUUAGAAUGCUGAAUGCCUUCGUGGUGAACAAGGGAGAUCUGCUGCAGCAGGGACGUCUCAGCAAGGCUGAAAUGAGUUGGCUGCGAUUGCAAGCGGGUUGUUCGAUGUUGAAGAUAUGCGAGCAGAAAGGCGUCGGCGAUCAGUUCACCGCGGAACAAUUUUAUAAUCUUUCACAACUUAUGGUGGAUGAAGUUUCCCAAGUUAGGGAAGCUUUCGGCAGCAAAUUGCACAAAGGCCUUGGAAGAGGAAUUCCGAACAAAUGCCUGCCACUAGAUUUCAUGGGAUAUUACGCCUUAGCUGGCAAGGAACAGGAUAAAAGAUUAAAGUGUGUAUUGAAAACUUAUAUGCAAACAGACAUAAACAAAAGAAGGGAUUAUGUGAAAACACUCUCCUUGGGUACCGUUGAACGGGCCAUGGGUCAAUUGCCCCAUAUUUUGCCAGAUUAUAUGCUGGUUUUUGCGGUACCUAUCCUUGCACAUGACCCCGAAUUCACGAGUCACACUAUGGUGAGCCAGUUAAAGAUCAUUCAACAAUGUCUUUGGUUCAUACUAGAACCUCUUAUCACGAAAAACGAGUAUUAUUGCUACGGAUUUUACAAAAAUCUCGUGGAACGUAUGAAGAGUCACAAAGACGCAUUGAAACCCGAGGACAACGACAUGAACUACAAAUUGUGGGCCGUCUGUGAUUUGGCCAUGAACGUAAUAUAUACGAAGACCACCAAUUUCGACAUGAAGGAGUUUCCUAGUGAGACGCGAAUUCCCACGAUGUACUUCAAACGUACGGCGGACGAGAUGCUGAGCAACACCAAAAAUUACUUACCCACGGAACUACAAGUGAACAUGACGACUGCAAAGGGGAAGGGAUCAUUCCACAAUACACAUUCAGUCAGCGACAGACCACAACGCAGGACCAAGUCCAAACAACAGAAGGAAGUAGGGAUCGGACCUAACGAAACAGAUGCAAGGCUACAAGUUGGAGAAGUGGAAUGUAUCGAUGCACAGCCUGCUGAAGCAUCAGAAACCAGAAUUCAGCUACCUGGCUUGGAAGAAGAGAUCGAGGAACCACCGGCAAAAAGGGCAUUAAGAGAGUCGGACAAAGUAAAUAAAUAAUUCAGUGAUUGAAAUAUUAUACGCUGGGGAUAAUGGGAUAGGGAAAGACAUAAAAAGUGCGAAGAUGAGAAAAAUUAAAGAAUCUAAAAGAUACUUUACAAAUUAGAAAACAGAAUAUUUUGGUUAUGUACAAUUAAUAAACCUAAGUCGUUCGUGUAUUUCUAGAGUAUAAGAUGUUAAGAUUAUGACAGUAAUGUCAGAUGAUAAUUAAUGCGUGUAGGCUUACAAUCCAGAAAGUCCAACGGACUUGCAACUUGUGGGUAAAACGGAAAAACGCAAAGAAAAAGGACAAAGAGUCUGUUAAUUUCUCGCUGAGAACAUAUGGACCUGCGAAUGCGUUUAUUUCGUUAUAUCAAAAUUGAAAUAUACGAAUGCGUAUAUUUCCUAUUAUUUCUAUGAAUUAUACGACGCAUCACAUAACUAAUGACGAAUUUUUUCGGAUAGUCGUGUAGUCGGAGUGGACAUUUUUUACAAAGUACAUAUAUGGAUUCCUUGAAUUGGAACUCUUAUUCGAGUGGCAUUUGAUCAUUAUAUUGUUCACUUUUACACUAUAUAAAAUGGAUAAAAGGAUCUUUUUUAUGUCUUCACUUCGCAAAUUUCUGAUGAAUGCUGUCGCGUCGUUGUUUUGCUAAUAAAAAAAAUAGCAUUCAGUUUAGAGACAGCAAGCAUAUAUAUAUAUAUAUAAAUAAAUAAAUAUAUAUAUACAUAACAAUAUUGUCAACAUACUUCAUUGACAAAUGAAUAAAGCAAAUCCAUUUUUUUUCUUCAAGAGAAAUAUAUCCAGAUGUAUCGAAUAUAUCGUCACUUUAUAAACUGCAAAGGAUACUAGUUUUGUUGCGUGAACGAUACAUAUUAGAUUAAAAAUUGUGUGACUGUCACAUUUAUGAUCCGAGAUGGUUGAUUUUUAAUAAUAUGAGUAUUAUCAUUAUCACCAUAGUCUUUAGCCGUGAUUAUUACCAGAAUUUAUAUGGACACAGUCACUUUGUCAAGAGAAACGUAUUUAUAAAUUUGACGAUAAGACCAUAACUUCCAACUGAAUGAUGUAAUUUCUGCAAGUAUUUACUUAAAGUUAUGUUUUGUUUCAUUUUCUAGCGAAUUUAACGUAGAUUUGAUUGAUUCGCAUUGAAUGAUUUUUUUUUUGCACAAAAAUUUUAAUAGACAAUAAUUUUAAUAGACAGUCUCUCUUCUUAUACAUAAGAAAUGCAUCGUCACGGAAUCGAUAUUAAAUCAAACUGGUGUUCUAUAAAAAUUAAUCGAAGUCUGAAUGCUUGAAAUAACUUUUCUUUUCCACGCACGUUGCCGUUAAUAUCUUCUAUCUCAAUUUACACUGACUCACUAUUCUCUUAUCGUAAGAUUGUAUAAUUGUUUGAUUCGAAUUUGUAUCCAAAAUUCUUCUAUACCUGCAAUUAAUUAAUGAAAUAUUGUCCCUACAGAAUCUUAACAAGAUAUGAUCGGCUGAAAUACUUUGGUGUAUUUUUAUUACGCUCGCCUAAUCAGAGAUUAAGUGUGUGUGUUGUGUGUCUAAAUUUAUAAAAUAUAUAAGAAUUUUUCGAAAUCAAUCAUUGGUCACACAUGAGAACAGCUUUAAUGUUCCCGUGUACUUUAUAUAUGAAUAUAUUGAUGUUACAUUAUAACGGUAAUAAGCAAUUUUCGUUUAUAAAUAAGUAAUAUUUAUACAUACUGUCGCUACUUCAUCACGUUGAUUUCUCAUUGCAAAUCGAAUAGGAUCUGUGUGUAACGAUAGAAACGAAAAUUGCGAUAAUUUGCGGAAACCAUCGACACUUUUGUAUUUAUAAAUAAACAUAAAAUUAAAAUUGUAUGUCGUCUGCAAGAGAUCAUUGUGUAACACCUCAAUUUAUAUUGAUAAAUAUGUGUAAUUCUUACAACCUUUUUACACAGAAACACGUUAUUUGACUUUUAUUUAUUAAGAAUGUAAACAUAUACUAUAUAAGCAUAACGUAUGAUAACCGAAAAAGGUAGAAGAGACUUUUGGGUACGAAUUUGAACAGAGUUUUAAAUAAUUAAAAUAUGGGCCUAGGUUCUAAAGUUGAUUUCUCGAUUUUCAGCAUUAAGAUUAUUAAACUUAUACAUUCAACUAUAUUAAAUUCGAAGAGAUGUGAAUGAAGAUUGAGCAUGAAUU